GUCUUAAGCUGUCGGGUCCCUAACACUGCAUCAUCUCCCAUCCUCCUCCUUUUCACCGUUGUACCUAAUUAAUCUUUUGCUUGAAUGCGCUUGCGCUUCUCUUUGUUUUCGCCUUCACUGUCAAUUUCAAUUUCACUUUCACUUUCCCUUUGCCUUUUAUUUCGUCUCCUCUGCGUUCUUGUUCUUGAUUCCUAUUCUCCUCCUUCUGCUUUUCUUGCCAUACCUUUUAAUCUCCUCUGCAUCUUCUUGUUCUUCUCGCAGAACACCACUGUACAAGCUCGAAACACGUUUCCAGAUAUCGCUGCGCUUCGCAUCAGCUCCACAUCAGCUUAGAUACCCCUGUUCCGCUAUUGUGAGCCUCGAUCUGCUCUGAGCAAACUGUCCAUAGCUUCGACCCCUUUCCGUGCGAACCGCAUUGAAUAAAACAAGUCGGCAUCAUGGUUUCCGACGAGCACUUCGAGAUGUGCUUGCCGAUCUUGCAGGAUGCCACACUGGAAGACGAGGAUAAGACAGAUAGACUCGAGGAGCUCUUCCGCAAAGAAACGAGCCUCACCGGCACUUCCCUCGACAACGCAAUACUAGAUGCUCUUUGGCGGUUUCGUGACGGCGGCGGCACAUCAGCGUCACCCCCUCCUAUCAGACAGACGAUCUUACGACGCCCUUCACCUGCCUCCUGGCGCGGUUCGCCUACUCCCAUGUCGGGCUCUCCAAGACUGGCCGUGAGCCCCCUUGCUCCUCCGGGCUUUGUUCCCUCCACCUUUGGCAGGACAAUCUCCUCCACGGUUUCUCCCUUUUCUUCGCCUCGAGCAUCGCCACGUCUGGCUCUUGCGACACCCGUCAUUCCUCAUAGUCCAAACUUGAAUGCAUACGAAUUUGCUAGCGACCCGACCCCGGCCACAGAGAUUCUAGGUGAAUACCAGACGGAAAAUGUUGAGUGGCUCGUCAGUGAUGAUGCCGCUAGCGUGACUUCUUCUGUUGGUACUCCAAGUGCUCUCAACGCAGCAGCCCCCGAGUUCUCGUCCAUGUCGGCACAGUCAGCUGAUAUGUCGCCAUAUGAUAUGUUGCGUUCCAUCCUUGGGCAGACAAAGUCGGACGAUGAGAUUGAAGCCGCUCUCGCGCAGAAUGGAUAUGAUCUCAGUGCAACUAUUGUCUCCUUUAUGGAAUGCCAAGCGGGGGACAACCAGCCCGGCGGUGUUUCAUUGGAAGAACCCAGAAACGUCCUGAUUGGGAAAUCCGUGGAUCGUCCUACUACUCCUCUAGGUUCAUCCAAGUCGGGGGUUAUUUGCAAGUUCUAUAUGUCGACUGGUUCGUGCUUACGCGCCGAUUGCCGAUUCAGCCAUGAUCUCAGCAACCACCUUUGCAAAUAUUGGGUCAUGGGGAAUUGCUUGGCAGGAGAGACAUGCAUUUUCUCGCAUGAUCCUACCAAACUGAUGAAUAAGCUCGCCCUCGACGGUGCCAGUACGCCACCAUCAAAGCACGGCGGUUUACAGUUGGGAGAUCUUAACUCAUUCCCUUCUCUAAGACCUGAAACCCCCGAUCAUCUAAGUGGUUUCGCUGGCAGCAACAACUUCCCUGCCGUGGGCAUUACGCCACCACCAGGCUUGAAGCAUUUCCAGGGAACUUCCAGUCCCCGUGCUCGAUCUCGCCCUAGCAGUCGACACCAGACCAGAGAGCCAGAUAUCUCCGCCCCUGCCCUGGAUGACAACGAUGCCUUCCCUUCGCUUGGUUCUGCAUCUAUCAAGCAAGGCAAGAAGCAUCAUGGCAAGCGAGGUGGCCAUGGACAUUCGCACAAGGAGAAUAACGCGCCUAACUCUCUGGCUGAUAUUGUCAAGAUGUCUCCCUCGCCCACCCCUGUCCGUCCGGAACUCAAGAGAGGGCUGGGGCGCAAUGGAAGCUCGACAGUUGCACGAAAUGGGGAAAACAGCGCUGCAGCUCAAGCCAUCCCAAGUCCGAAACAUAUCCCGUGGCUGGAGACCGGUGAGCGUGCUAACAAGGCAUAUCUGAAGGCUCGCCAGGAGGCCAUUAAGCACGGCGGCCUUCGUAAUAAAUUUCUUCAAAGUGCUGCACAAGCAUGGAAUCGCAAUGACGCUAGGGCGGCUAAAGCUCUCAGCCUGCGAGGACAAAGUGAGAACGAUCUUAUGCGCAAAGCUCAUCGCGAGGCUGCAAAAGAACUAUACGAGGAACGUAACAGGGGCAACUCCAAUGAUUUGGAACUGUAUGUCGAUCUUCACGGUCUUCACCCUGAAGAAGCUGUCGAGUACCUUGAAAAGGUUUUGAUGGAAAACGGCAGGGAGUCGCAACCCAUUUAUGCCAUCACCGGCUCUGGACACCACAGUAAGAACGGAAAGGACAAGGUUGGCAGGGCGAUCCGGAAUUUUCUCAACGAGUGGAGGUAUGCGUACCGAGAGUUCUCUGUUCCUGGAGACCGCAAUAAUAUGGGGGGUAUCCUAGGAAUCGAUGCUCGUAGCUGGGACAAGUCUCUCGCCAAGGAGGGCGACUCAGAUGGUAAAGAAGAGGUGGACAUACUGAGCCAAGGCGUCGAGAUUGGCGACGGCAAAGUUAGACUCCUGGUGCGUGAUCCGCCCAAGGGGCCCAGCGGCCGUCGAUGACAAUGCGAGACGUGAAUAGAAGAAAGCAGUAAAACCAGACUCCAAUCUAUAAGCCAAUGUGUUGAAAGUUGCAUGUGAUACCUGUCGAUUUAGUC